AUGAAAAUUGUUAAAGAACUCUGUAAAAAUGGAAAAGUAAAAUGGGGAAGAUAUAUCAGCUCCCAGUCUUUACAAAAUUACAACAGUUUAAAAAAUGUAGAUGAAGAUAAUUAUAAUAUUUUGUCAACAUAUAAAAAUAAAAAUUAUUUAAAUUUAUCAGUAUGCAAUAAUGUUAUACCUAAAUAUGUGUACGAUUGUUUAGUAAAUAAUUUGAAUAAAAAUGUUACUCUUAAUUUGGAACAUUUAAAAAUAAUUGAGGAUAGAGCUUUAGCAGCAUUUAAUUUGGAGAAUAGAUAUUGGGGAUGUGUAUUUAAUACUUCUAACCAUUCAGAAUGUACUAAUUCAAUGGAUGAAUAUUUUCUUUUAAAGCUUUUUAAAAAUUUUGUAAAUUAUCAUAGCAAAAUAAUGAUUAUAACAUUCACACUUUUAGACAAAGAGACUCACGAAGGAAAUAAUAAAGAGGAAGAUCGAAUGAAUACAAAUGUCCUUGAUGAAUUUUACAAUAUUUUAUAUAUAAAAAAUAAUGAUAAAAUUAAUUAUAUGGAAAUAAAAAAUCAAUACGAGAAAUUUAACCCAGACUUAAUUUACAUAGACGAAACAAAUAACCCAUAUAAUUUCGAUUACGAUUUUAUUACAACUUUGAGAAAUAUAAAGAACAAAACAAAUAAUAAUGUUUAUAGUGAAAAAGAAGGUGUAGAUGAUAAAAACAAUACGCUAGUAAUAACAAACAUAAGUAAUAAAGCCAGUUUCAUCAUUGAAAAAUUUAUUUCAUCCCCCUUUUCACAAGCAGAUAUCGUUUUUUCCUAUUUGAAUGAAAAUAUUCGUGCAAAUAAUUGUUACAUAAUUUUUUAUAGAAAAGGAUUUAAAAAUAUUAGUACACAAGGUAAAUUAAUUUCUUAUGAAUAUGAAGAGAACUUAAAAAAUGCAUUUUUUCAAAAUAGUGUAAAUAACAUAAUUUGUUCAUUAUCAACAUCAUUUAAAUGCAUAAAAAAUAGUGAAUUUAAAGAAUAUAUACACCAAAUAAAUAAAAAUAUUAAUAUCUUAUUCUCAUAUUUAAAUAAAAAGUAUUUCAAUAUACAUUUUGAUCAAAAUAAUAAUUUUUUAAACAUUACAUGCUCUAAUUCGCUUUUUAAUAUUCAAGAGUAUCAUAUGUUUUGCAAAAAAAUAAAUAUACUUUUUGAUAUUAUAAGCAUAAAUAAAAGAAUAUAUACACAAAAAUCUUUUAAUAUAGGAGCUAAUUAUUUAACAGCUUUAGGAAUGGAAGAACAUGAUAUGAAAUAUGUGUCUGAAUUUAUAAAUCAAUCGAUUUUAUUAUAUUUAUAUACAAAACAAAAAUCCGAAAAUUCAAACCUAACAUUUUUAGAAUCCUUGGAAAAUAGUUUUAUAUCAUCUGACAUUUUGGCGCUUUCUAAUGAUAUACAUUCUUUCAUUUCUAUGUUUCCAUCCCCAUCAUAA